AUGAAGAGCAAGAGAGACACCCUACUGAAUGUGUUCUUGGCCAUCGCUGUGGAUAAUUUGGCCAAUGCUCAGGAGCUGACAAAGGAUGAGCAGGAGGAGGAGGAGGCCUUCAAUCAGAAGCAUGCCCUACAGAAAGCCAAGGAAGUCAGUCCAAUGUCUGCACCUAACAUGCCUUCUAUUGAAAGAGACAGAAGGAGGAGACACCACAUGUCGAUGUGGGAGCCACGCAGCAGCCACCUGAGGGAGAGAAGGAGACGUCAUCACAUGUCUGUAUGGGAACAGCGCACCAGUCAACUGAGGAGACACAUGCAGAUGUCCAGCCAGGAGGGUAUCAACAAGGAAGACGCCCCUCCCAUGAAUCCCCUCAACCCCCUCAAUCCCCUCAGCCCUCUCAAUCCCCUCAAUGCACAUCCUAGCCUUUACAGGAGGCCCAAACCUUUGGAGGGUUUGGGACUGGAGAAGUUUGAGGAGGAACCUGGAAACCGUGGGGACUUUCAUAAGGGUGAACAAUCAGAAGAUCAGAAGAGUCCUAUGUCCAGGCCCAGGAGGGAGCAGCAAUGGCUCUCCAAGUCAUGCCAUGGAAACUGUGACCCAGCAGAGCAGGAAUCAGGAGUUGGAGAGGCAGUGGUAGGCUUUGAGGAGCGGGCCCGUCACAGGCAGAGUCAACGCCGUAGCCGCCACCGGAGAGUCCGGACUGAGAUGAAGGAACAGGCUUCCACUGGUGAAAGCAGAUCUGGGAGUCAGGAGAGAGGCCUGGAAGAAGGGAUAACGACUGAGGGGGAGAAGAGAAGGGACUCUAAGGGGAAUCAGGAGGGCAAAGAGGUUUCUAUUCACGAAGAAGAGAGAAGCAAAGAGUUAAAAAGAACCAAUAGCCUUAUGGUUCCAGGAGGCUGUGGGCUAUCAACACCUGCUGAUGAAAUGAGGACUCCCUUGGUCCUCUCUCCUCCAGAGCUAGAAACAGGAAAGGACAUCAGCCUAACAGAGCAGGAACAGGAGGGGACCAGUGAACAAGCACUUCUAGAGGAUGUACAGCUGGAUGUGGGCCGGGCUAUCAGUCGCAGUGAGCCUGACCUUUCCUCCAUAACAACCAAUGUGGAGAAGGGCACAGAGAGCACUAGUGUUGCCGUCACCAUUCCUGACGUGGGCACCUUGAUGGAUUCCACUGUGGUGCAUAUUAGCAACAAGACAGAUGGAGAAGCUAGCCCCUUGAAGGAGGCAGAGAUUAAAGAGGAUGGAGAAGAAAUUGAGAAAAAGCGAAAGAAGGAAAAGAGCUCAAACACAGGAAAAGCAAUGGUGCCCCACAGCUCUAUGUUCAUCUUCAGCACCACUAACCCGAUUCGAAGGGCAUGCCACUACAUUGUGAAUCUACGCUACUUUGAGAUGUGCAUCCUUUUGGUUAUUGCAGCCAGCAGCAUUGCCUUGGCUGCUGAGGAUCCAGUCCUGACCAACUCAGAACGGAACAAAGUCCUGAGGUAUUUUGACUAUGUUUUCACUGGCGUAUUCACCUUUGAGAUGGUUAUAAAGAUGAUAGACCAAGGCCUGAUUCUACAGGAUGGAUCUUACUUCCGAGACCUGUGGAAUAUCUUGGACUUUGUGGUGGUAGUUGGGGCAUUGGUAGCCUUUGCUUUGGCGAACGCUUUGGGAACCAACAAAGGCCGGGAUAUCAAAACCAUUAAGUCUCUGCGUGUGCUCCGAGUUCUGAGGCCAUUGAAAACCAUCAAACGCUUACCCAAGCUGAAGGCUGUCUUUGACUGUGUAGUGACCUCCCUGAAGAAUGUAUUCAACAUACUCAUUGUCUACAAGCUCUUCAUGUUCAUCUUUGCCGUCAUUGCAGUUCAACUCUUCAAGGGAAAAUUCUUUUAUUGCACAGAUAGCUCCAAAGACACAGAAAAGGAAUGCAUAGGCAACUAUGUGGAUCAUGAAAAAAACAAGAUGGAGGUAAAGGGUCGGGAAUGGAAACGUCAUGAAUUCCACUAUGACAACAUCAUUUGGGCCCUCUUGACCCUUUUUACUGUGUCUACAGGGGAAGGCUGGCCACAAGUUUUGCAGCAUUCUGUGGAUGUGACUGAGGAAGACCGGGGCCCAAGCCGCAGCAAUCGCAUGGAAAUGUCAAUUUUUUAUGUGGUUUACUUUGUGGUCUUCCCCUUCUUCUUUGUCAAUAUCUUUGUUGCCCUCAUCAUCAUUACCUUCCAAGAGCAAGGGGACAAGAUGAUGGAAGAGUGUAGCUUGGAAAAAAAUGAGAGGGCAUGCAUUGACUUUGCCAUCAGUGCCAAACCACUCACCCGCUACAUGCCCCAGAACCGUCAUACCUUUCAGUACCGUGUUUGGCAUUUUGUGGUAUCCCCAUCCUUCGAAUACACCAUCAUGGCCAUGAUUGCCUUGAACACUGUGGUGCUGAUGAUGAAGUACUACUCUGCUCCCUGUACCUAUGAACUGGCACUGAAGUAUUUGAAUAUAGCUUUUACCAUCGUGUUCUCCCUGGAAUGCAUCCUCAAGAUUAUUGCUUUCGGCUUCUUGAAUUAUUUCCGAGACACCUGGAACAUCUUUGAUUUCAUUACAGUCAUUGGCAGCAUCACAGAAAUUAUACUGACAGACAGCAAGCUGGUGAAUACCAGUGGCUUCAAUAUGAGCUUUCUAAAGCUCUUUCGAGCAGCCCGUCUUAUCAAGCUCCUCCGACAAGGUUAUACCAUCCGUAUUUUGCUAUGGACUUUUGUUCAGUCUUUUAAGGCCCUCCCCUAUGUCUGUCUAUUGAUUGCCAUGCUUUUCUUCAUUUAUGCCAUUAUUGGGAUGCAGGUUUUUGGAAAUAUAAAAUUAGAUGAAGAGAGUCACAUUAACCGACACAACAACUUCCGAAGUUUUUUUGGGUCCCUCAUGCUGCUUUUCAGGAGUGCCACAGGUGAGGCAUGGCAGGAAAUUAUGUUAUCUUGUCUGGGAGAGAAAGGCUGUGAACCUGACACCACUGCACCCUCAGGGCAGAAUGAGAAUGAACGAUGUGGCACUGAUCUGGCCUACUUUUACUUUGUUUCUUUCAUCUUUUUCUGCUCUUUUUUGAUGCUUAACCUGUUUGUGGCUGUUAUCAUGGACAAUUUUGAGUACUUGACCCGGGAUUCAUCUAUCCUUGGACCUCAUCACUUAGAUGAAUUUGUCCGAGUCUGGGCAGAGUAUGAUCGAGCUGCGUGUGGCCGCAUCCAUUACACUGAGAUGUAUGAAAUGCUGACUCUCAUGUCACCACCGCUAGGCCUCGGCAAGAGAUGUCCCUCCAAAGUGGCGUAUAAGAGAUUGGUUCUGAUGAACAUGCCAGUAGCUGAGGACAUGACUGUCCAUUUCACUUCUACACUGAUGGCUCUAAUUCGAACAGCUCUGGACAUCAAGAUUGCAAAAGGUGGUGCAGAUAGGCAGCAGCUGGAUUCCGAGCUGCAAAAGGAGACCCUGGCUAUCUGGCCUCACCUCUCCCAGAAGAUGCUGGAUCUGCUUGUACCCAUGCCAAAAGCCUCAGACUUGACAGUUGGGAAAAUAUAUGCAGCCAUGAUGAUCAUGGACUAUUAUAAGCAAAGCAAAGUAAAGAAGCAGAGACAGCAGCUGGAAGAACAGAAAAAUGCUCCCAUGUUCCAGCGAAUGGAACCCUCAUCUUUGCCUCAGGAGAUCCUUUCUAAUGCCAAAGCCCUGCCUUAUCUCCAGCAGGACACUCUUUCAGGCCUGAGCAGUCGGAGUGGGUACCCAUCUAUGAGUCCACUCUCCCCACAAGAAAUAUUCCAGUUGGCUUGUAUGGACCCAAACCAUGAGGACUUCCAGGAGCAACAGUCUCUGGUGGUGACGGACCCAAGCUCCAUGAGGCGUUCCUUUUCCACUAUCAGAGACAAGCGCACGAACUCCUCCUGGUUAGAGGAGUUUUCAAUGGAGCGAAGCAGUGAAAACACCUACAAGUCCCGCCGACGUAGUUACCAUUCUUCUUUGCGCCUGUCAGCUCACCGGCUGAAUGCCGACUCAGGCCACAAAUCUGAUACCCAUCGCUCAGGAGGCAGAGAACGUGGCCGAUCCAAAGAACGCAAGCACCUUCUGUCUCCUGAUGUAUCCCGCUGUAAUUCUGAAGAACGGGGUGCUCAAGGAGAUUGGGAGUCUCCUGAGCGACAACAGUCCAGAUCACCUAGUGAGGGCAGAUCUCAGACACCCAACAGACAAGGUACAGGUUCCCUUAGUGAAAGCUCCAUUCCUUCUAUCUCUGACACCAGCACCCCAAGGCGAGGUCGUCGACAGCUUCCACCUGUUCCCCCUAAACCCCGGCCCCUCCUCUCCUACAGCUCCUUGAUGCGACAUCCUGGUAGCAUCUCCCCACCAUAUGAUGGGAGUGAAGUUGGCUCCCCACUCCCCUCCAAGGCCCUGGAAGGCAAUGAUGCCUGCCUGACUGAGUCUUCCAGCUCACCACAAGCAAAGCAGAGUCAGCCCUCCACUCCCCAGCGCUAUAUCUCAGAGCCUUACCUGGCUUUGCAUGAAGACUCCCAUGCCUCGGACUGUGGCGAGGAGGAAACACUCACCUUUGAGGCUGCUGUGGCCACUAGCCUGGGCCGCUCCAACACCAUUGGUUCAGCGCCUCCCCUGAGACACAGCUGGCAGAUGCCCAAUGGGCACUACCGGAGGCGGAGGCGUGGGGGACCAGGGCCAGGGAUGAUGUGUGGGGCUGUUAGCGAUCUCCUGAGUGACACAGAAGAGGAUGAUAAAUGCUAGAGGCCAUGCCCCCCUCCGAUGCAUGCUCUUCUCCAAUAUGGGGGAAAACAGAUAGACCCAACAAGCCAGUGAAGCCUGGGGGGAGGAGGAAGAAGAAAGGACAUUAUGCAGAACCAGAGAAGAAAAAAGGAAGGAAAAUAGAAAAACAAUCAAACCCACCAAAAAUGAUUUGAUUUCCUUUUGCAAGAUGGGCACAGCCAUGGAUCUGUCUCCUUGCUGAGGGAGAGAGAGAGAAAUGUGGGAAUGUGGACAGUCAUCUUCAAGGGAAAAGAAAAACCAAUAUAAUGGCUCUACUUCCCCCUCAUUCCAGUCACAAAGGGAAUGGCUUUAUGUAUGCCAGUAUUGCCCUGAGAAGCAUAGAAAACCUCCUGGCUGGAAGCUGGGAUCCAUAGGAAAUAGCCAACAAUAGAGGAAAAUGCCUCCCUUCCUCUCCCUCUCAUGCUUUCCAGCCAUUACCACUGUCGACAGAGUAAUCUCAAUAGCAUUUUGUGCUAUCCCAUGGGUUUGCUCUCUACACAAGAGUUUAUCCAAGGUCAGGAGUUCUGGAUUACCUGUGUGGGAGGCAGGGAAGGAGAAGAAAAAUGGGGGUGGUGGGAUGGCCAGUAGAAGAAGUGGUCCAUGGUGCUCUGUCAUGGAAGGAGAUAGUCGUCUGAGUAGGAACAGUAAAAGUCCCAUAGCUUAUAUCAUGGAAGAUCAUAGAUUUUGAGCUGGGAAGGGCCAUAGAGGUGAUCUAGUUCAACCCCUUCAUUUUUCCAGAUGAUAAAACAUUGACUAAAAAAUUGGUUAAGUGACUUGUCUAAAGUCACAAAAUAGUUAAGUGGCAAAAUUGGAAUUCAUACCUGUUUUCUGACUCCAGAUUCAGCAGUAUUACCAGACAAGACUCACUUUUAUAGACAUUCCUAUAGACUGAGAUACACACACACACACACACACACACAC